AUGGACUCCGAUACCACUCAAGUUGGGGAAGACUAUGCCCCUGGAGACUGGAACCCAAUUGAGAAGGCUCCUCCCCGAUUCAGUUGCGAUCAGGCUUCGCUUGCAGACAAUCCUUACGAUUAUGCUUCUUCUAAACGAAGUACACCUUCUAAGCCACACUCUCCGUUUCCCCCUUCUCAGGCGGAGAUCCAGGAACAGACUGGCGAGAAACCAUGGCGCUCCGGUGAUACACGGCGCUAUGAUAUGCCAAAGAAUGGGGAUGGGUGGCAGAAUAACGCAAUGGCGGAAAAGUACGACAACGAAAUGUGCGAUGCCUGGAAAGAUGAGGCUGGUCUCUUCUCAGGAGCCGUAACCGCUUUCACUACCCAAUCCUAUCACUUCAUCGCAACACAACUCGCAAACUCUACCAAUCCCUUACCACCAUCCCUUGCCAUCCCAGAAUUCACCGUCACUCAAGCUCAAAUCCGGAUCAAUGUAGUCUGGUUCCUCAGUCUCACAGUCAGCCUGACAACUGUGCUAGUCGGUAUCCUGUGCCUACAGUGGCUCCGGGAAUUCCAACGCGACGCAGCCCUCCCUCACAAAGAUGCCGUGGCCCUUCCCCAAAUGCGAUACGAGGGACUGAUCCAAUGGCACGUCCCCGACAUCCUCUCCAUUCUCCCCCUCCUCCUCCUCCAACUAUCCCUCGUCUUCUUCUUCAUUGGUAUCCUCGACCUCCUCUGGUCCCUCAACACCCACGUGGCAGCGUGCGUCUCCGCAGCAGUUGGCUUGGUCAUACUCUUCCUGAUAGCGACCACAGCCCUCCCUACCCUGCAACACGCCUUGACAAAAGACAAACACCCUCGCGUUGCCCAGUGCCCUUACAAAUCCCCGCAGUCAUGGCUCUUCUACAGCGCUGGGCACUGGUUCUUCUGGCUGAUCAGCUCCUUCAACCCCCCAUGGUCAGCCUUUGAUUCAACGCGGUUCCACCGCCUGUUGAAAUCUUCCGACGACAACAGCUGGCUUGCAUACGACAUGCGCUGGCGCAACCUUCGCGAUGCCGAAGCUGUCUCCUGGGGCACACCCAAGACGACCCGGGAUUCCGACGACGUUGUUCACGGCCUCCACUGGAUAAACAACACAUUCGCACUGGAACCGCGGCCCAGUUGA